UCCACGGGAGUCGGUGAACUCGCGCGUUACUCCUUACACUUUGGGUAUCAGACGGGAACAAGGGGGUCUCCUUUCGAUAGUUUAAAUUUUCCGCUGAACUUGCACCUUCAUUUAAUAACUGUGCUUUAAAUAAAGUUAUGAUACGUUCCGAAUAAUUUUCUCGACGAAAGUUCUAACAUUUUUUUUUUUUACGAAAAAAGAAGAAGAAGAGGAAGUGAUCAUUCAAGGCAAGGACCAAAAAAAAAAGAAACUCCUCAAGGACGACGUCGAGAGUUCGAGUAUACGAUGAUGACGACGCUAGUCUUCCUGGUUCCCAUAUUGAUUGGGGUAACGACGGGUUCACUUCAGCAAUUACCUGGAAAUCAAUUGUCUAAGCAAAACGAAGAGGCAGUUCCUCUUUUCUCGGGAACUCUGACGGCCGACAAUAAUGAUAAUGACGACGAUAAUGAUAGAAGUGAAAAAAAACCAAAGAAAUAUUUCGGAAAGGAUGUAAUGAAGGACAGUGAUAGCUCUCUUUCGUCAUUGUUAAAUCAAUAUCAUAGAAACGAAGGAAAAACAGAAGAAAGCGAGGAAGAAGUUGCGGAUAAACUUUCGAAAAAAGAUAGAAAGCAGAAGGCCAUUUUCUUGAACUAUCCAUUAAUAUCACGGAUACAACAGACUUAUUCAAACUCGCCUGCUUACGACAUCGGUUACAACGACAUUUACGAUCCUAAUAUCGAAGGAAGAGCACCCACUAAUAUAGGUGGAAAAUAUCAAGAGAGUAAUAUCUUUUACAUCAGACUACCACCGACUCCCUAUAUGUACGUACCAGGUUUAGGAUACAUCUCUCAACCACCAACCUACUCUACUGCCAACCUGAGACCGCAUAUCCCUCAGUCGAGACCACCCAAACCUCAACUUCCAACUUAUCAGAGACCGAAUCCUUUCAUCAAGUUGCCGAUAGACUUCGUGAGCAACGGUAAACCAACUUCCGUCUACCAAUGGCAAAAGAAGAAACCUGUGACCAACGUCAAACUACCAACCGACAGUCCAAUCACCAAUCUCGACGAUCUCAAACCCGGUUUUGUGAAUAACGGCAAGCCAACGACGAUCUAUCAGUGGCACACGAAUCUAAAACCUGGCAAAAGGCCUAACGACUACGUCAAUAGUCUCGACAAGGGACCUUAUCUAUUCAAUGGAAAACCAACCAGUUUGUAUCUUCUUAAGUCGGAUGGUACCAGUUCCGAUCGUCGGCCAAUUCGAUAUUCUGAUUUCGAGAAUAAUAAUUCGUAUUAAUUAAAAUAAUGCAAAUACGAUGUCAAUCGCCAAACCUACCGGAGAAACGAAAAAAAUGGAUGCUCGUUAAUAUUAUUAUUAUUAUUAUUAUUAUUAUUAUUAUUAUUAUUAUUAUUAUUAUUAUUAUUAUACGCGAACGGUGAAAAUCUGCUACUAAUUUUACAGCUUGAAGCGCGACUCGUAACGCGUCGUAGUAAUUUAUCGACCAACCCCACUUCUAUUGAGAAGGGAGGAGGCUCGUUCAGUGAUUUAUGUCUCGUCGAUGACCUUGUAAAGGUGCUAGCCAUUACUCCGCUUUCAAAUGGACUACGCGGUUCGGUGUGUACAGUAAACGAGGUGCCAGUAGAGAGUAACGGUAAUGUAAUUAAAGCAGUCCUUUUAAAGGCGGCUUAUUAUGUAGUUUUAUGUACGAACGAUCAAUUAAUGAGUUCUCACGUGACUUCGUUCACGUCCGCUCUUUUUCCUUCACUUUUCUUUCUUUGUCUUCUUAAUAAUCCUAAGCCGUUUUCUAAGAUGUUUUCACUGACGAUGAACACAGCUGACAAUGAAUGAACGAUUUGUAUACGAGAAAUAACACCAUUAUCUAUUUCUAAUGGAUCAAUGUUGUAUGAUUGUAAUCAUAUGUUGUAUGAAUGUAAGUAAUAAUAAGUAUGUAUUUUGUUGUACGAACUACGAUCGCAAACUACUGCAACGUUGGUAGUCAAAAUGUGUAGCUUUUUAAAAACUUUUAAGACUACUAAAUUAUAAUUUUAUGAUAUGGUAAUUAAUUUAAGAGAUUGACCAAGUGAUCUUAAAGUGAACGACUAUUUUAUAUAUGUAAGUUGUAGGUACGACGCGAAGUUAUUUAUCAACGAUCAUGCUAUUCUUCUCUAAUCUUUCUAUCUGGUACACAUAUACGUAAAUAUAUAUUUUUGUCGUCUCGUGAUCAUGUAGAAUAUUAAGAGGGACGACGUUGUUGUAGCCAUUUUUGUACGUCUUACCACUUGUUGUAUCUGUUGCUGUAAAUAAAGAGAACAGAAGAAAAAAAGAAAAAGAAAAAAGGAAAAGAAAUAUAU